GUGCAAAGCUUGCGGUCGUAUGUUGUUGCCAGAACAGGAGUCCGUGAUACUAGAAGACGUUGCUCCAGAGACUCCGGCGUCUGGUGGAGAUAUUGAUGCUGUACCAGGGCAAGUGUCCUCUGGCGGUCUACAACUACAAGCUUCAACACUGUCGCAGGCAGUGGCAACAACUUCCCGACCAGUGAAAAUGAGUCGUGCGGCGACAUCCAGAGCCAAAGUUAUUCUUCUAUUUAACUCUGAUCUACUUAUUUAGUUUUUGUUCUUUGAGUAUGAGUGUGAGAGAAGCGUCUUUAGUUCUAUUUCUCGUGUUCAGCACCCCCUUCAAGCUCAAAAAUCAUCUAUAACAGAGACUACCAUGGAGCACUUAUUUCUCAUUCGUUCUUCGAAUAUGAUCUACUUCUAGUUAAAGUUAUGUUAGGAUGAUUAGCGAUAAGUUGGAAUUUGGGUCUAUAUCUAAGCUAACCUGUACUCUGAAUCAACAUGAAGAUGAAGUACGUGGAAAUGAAAGACUCGGAAGAUGAUAUGAUAGGCAUCCUGCGUACAUCAGAAUAAGAUCCGCAAGGAUAACCAUCAAUAUUAUUCAAUACUAAAGCUCUUGCUGACGAGUAGUUGGGUCGAAGAUAUCAGUAAUUUUGGUAGAUCACACAUGAGACGCAUGACAUGAUUGUAUUGCUCAAUACUAAAGCCGACGAGCAUUGAAGAGCUCCUCUAAGAAAACUAAAGCUGCUAGAAAACGAGGAAACACGGAGACUGAAGAGCCAGAUGUCCUCCAUGAGGAAGUGAAUGCCGAUAUGAUCGACUCGAUGCCAAAACGCGCUAAAACAACUACUGGCUCUAAAGCAAGACCCGAGCAGCAUUCACUUUCAGAACAGCAGACAUCUUCUUCUGUUAUGAAAAGUGUUGUUUUUACAAAAACAUCAAAUACUAAAAAGCUAGGGGCGGGUGGACUUGUAACGUAAGUAGCGCGAACUAGUGUACUUCUCAGUCUCACAUCUGGAAAGCUCUCGCUCUCUGUACUAGAAAUGGCAACAUUUCCUCCAUCAGAAGAGCUUUCUCUUCGUCCUGGUAUAAUACGUCUACCAGUACUGUUAUUUAACGUAAGAUCUACCACCUCAACUUCUAAUACGGUUUUUGUCUACCAGUACUAUGUAGCGUAUGAUCUACUACCUCAACCUCUAAUACGGUUUUUCAGCCUUCCGCCGUCAAAGGGAGCAGCGGAAAGAAGCAAGUGAGCCG